UGGGUCCGGGCAGUUGGUCUGUGGGUUGUGGAAGCUACAUUGCCGGGCCCAGUGCCUCCCGCGCAGGGAGGAAGACCCGGACCAUGGACGGCUCCUUCGUUCAGCACAGUGUGAGGGUUCUGCAGGAGCUCAACAAGCAGCGGGAGAAGGGCCAGUACUGCGACGCCACCCUGGACGUGGGGGGCCUGGUGUUCAAGGCGCACUGGAGUGUCCUUGCCUGCUGCAGCCAUUUCUUCCAGAGCCUCUACGGGGACGGGUCAGGGGGCAGUGUUGUCCUCCCUGCUGGCUUUGCUGAGAUCUUUGGACUUCUCCUGGACUUUUUCUACACGGGUCACCUCGCUCUCACAUCAGGGAACCGUGAUCAAGUGCUCCUGGCAGCCAGGGAGUUGCGAGUACCAGAGGUUGUGGAGCUGUGCCAGAGCUUCCAGCCCAAAUCCUCUGUGGGACAGGCACCAAGUGGCCAGAGUGGACUGGGGAAACCUGCCUCACAGGAUGUGAAAAGCCACCGUAAGGAACGGACAGACUUGGAAGAAGAGGAAGUUUCAAGAACUCUGGGCCUGGUCCCUAAGGAUCAGGAGCUCAGGAACAGUCACAGCCCCCAAAGGUCCCAGCUCAGUCCCACUGCUCAGAGUAGCCCCUCCUUUCUCUGUGGGAAACUGAAGCAGGCUCUUAAGCCUUGUCCUUCAGAGGACAAAGAGCCUGAGGACUGCAAAGUGCUCCCAAGGCCCUUCGAGACUGAAGGUGUUCCACUGCAGCGUGACAGUAAUGAGUGGGAAGUGGUGGUUCAAGUUGAUGACGACGGGGAUGGCGAUUACGUUUCUGAGCCUGAGACUAUGCUGACCAGGAGGAAGUCAAAAGUAAUCAGAAAGCCCUGUGCUGCCGAGCCAGCCCUGGGUACAGGUUCCCUAGCAGACGAGCCCGCUGAGAACAGAAAAGGUACAGCGGUGCCGGUUGAAUGCCCCACAUGUCAUAAAAAGUUCCUCAGCAAAUAUUAUCUAAAAGUCCACAACAGGAAACACACUGGGGAGAAACCUUUUGAGUGUCCCAAAUGUGGGAAGUGUUACUUUCGGAAGGAGAAUCUCUUGGAACAUGAAGCCCGGAAUUGCAUGAACCGCUCAGAACAGGUCUUCACGUGCUCUGUGUGCCAGGAGACCUUUCGCCGGAGAAUGGAGCUGCGGGUGCACAUGGUGUCCCACACAGGGGAGAUGCCCUACAAGUGCUCCUCCUGCUCUCAGCAGUUCAUGCAGAAGAAGGAUUUGCAGAGCCAUAUGAUCAAGUUGCACGGAGCCCCCAAACCCCAUGCAUGCCCCACCUGUGCCAAGUGCUUCCUGUCUCGGACAGAGCUGCAGCUGCAUGAGGCUUUCAAGCACCGUGGGGAGAAGCUGUUUGUGUGCGAAGAAUGUGGGCACCGGGCCUCGAGCCGCAAUGGGCUGCAGAUGCACAUCAAGGCCAAGCACAGGAAUGAGAGGCCGUACGUGUGUGAGUUCUGCAGUCAUGCCUUCACCCAGAAAGCCAAUCUCAACAUGCACCUGCGCACACACACGGGCGAGAAGCCUUUCCAGUGCCACCUCUGUGGCAAGACCUUCCGCACCCAAGCCAGCCUGGAUAAGCACAACCGCACCCACACUGGUGAGAGACCCUUCAGCUGUGAGUUCUGUGAGCAGCGCUUCACUGAGAAGGGGCCCCUCCUGAGGCAUGUAGCCAGCCGCCACCAGGAGGGCCGGCCCCACUUCUGCCAGAUCUGUGGCAAGACCUUCAAAGCUGUGGAGCAGUUACGUGUGCAUGUCAGACGACACAAGGGGGUGAGGAAAUUCGAGUGCACUGAAUGUGGCUACAAGUUCACUCGGCAGGCCCACUUGCGGAGGCACAUGGAAAUCCACGACAGGGUGGAGAAUUACAACCCCCGGCAGCGCAAGCUCCGCAACCUGGUCAUUGAAGAUGAGAAAAUGGUGGUGGUGGCCCUGCAGCCACCUGCAGAGAUGGAGAUGGGCUCGGCCGAGGUGAUCGUGGAGUCCCUGGCACAGGGUGGUCUGGCCUCCCAGCUCCCUGGCCAGAGACUGUGUGCGGAGGAGAGCUUUGCUGGCCCCGGUGUCCUGGAGCCCCCACUCAUCAUCACAGCUGCUGUCCCUGAGGACUGUGACACAUAGCCCUGUUGGCCCCAGCCCCCAAUAAACCAUGUGGCUU